UCCUCCUCGCCCCGCCCGGCCGCUCUAGGCGCUGCCCCCUCGCGGGGAAUGGUUUCUCCCGGCCGUACCCUGCCGCUCCUCCUCCUGCUAGUGCCCAGCUCUCUGGGUGCCGGGGUGGAUGCUGUGUCCCGGGAGGGCUCCGCUGCAAGGCUAGUGAGGCGCCGCUAGCUCCGCACCGCAUCCGCGGGGACCGCCGGGCUCCGUUCUUCUGCCCGACAGCGAAUUACAGCUUGUAACCAAGGAAACAAGCAGUAUUCCAUUUAUUAUAAAACCUGGUUUUCCUUCUGUACCCGACUGCACCCAGGCGUCCUCCGAGCCUCUGUUACUAUUACUUUUGUCCUGUUACUUUUGUGCAUCUUCUUGAAACUGUUCCCUUUGGUGGACUGAAACAUCUGUCUUGGUCUCUGUAACUAAUAUUUGCUACACCCAGAGACGGAAAUGGUACGAAUAGAGCGUUAAAAUCCCAUCAUUUCGACAACUUCAUCAUUUUCUGAGAACCUGGAACGUAAUUUGGGCUCUGCUUCAGCACUGUCUUAGAUUAUAAUGCCAUCCUUGCCUAAUGAGGGAGAUAACCAUGGAACUGCUGCUGUGACUUUGCAAUCGGAACUACCCUACCAAAGCACAAUUAAAAGAAAAGUCAGAAAGAAGAAGAAUGGAGUCAUCACUGCAAAUGUUUCUGGCACAAAAUAUGAAAUUGUACGCAUUGUAAUACAAGAAAUGGGAUUUGUGAAAACACGCGAUGAAGAUGAAACAGCUAAUCUUAUUUGGAGUGAUUCUGCUGUGCAACAGGAAAAGAUUGCUGAACUUCGGAACUAUCAGAGAAUCAACCAUUUUCCAGGAAUGGGAGAGAUCUGCAGAAAGGAUUUUCUGGCAAGAAACAUGACUAAAAUGAUCAAGUGCCAGCCUCAGGAGUAUACGUUUAUUCCUCGAACAUGGAUUUUCCCUGCAGAAUACACACAGUUUCAGAACUAUGUAAAAGAAUUGAAGAAGAAACGUAGACAGAAAACUUUCAUAGUAAAGCCAGCUAAUGGUGCAAUGGGACAUGGGAUCUCUUUAAUAAGAAAUGGAGAAAAGUUACAAGCUCAGGAUCACUUGAUUGUUCAGGAAUAUCUUGACAAACCAUUUCUUAUGGAAGGCUACAAGUUUGAUUUGCGUGUAUAUAUUCUUGUAACCUCCUGCGAUCCAUUAAAAGUAUUUUUGUAUCAUGAUGGACUGGUGAGAAUGGGCACAGAAAAGUAUCAUCCUCCCAGUGACUCAAAUUUGAGCCAACUGUACAUGCAUCUGACCAACUACUCUGUGAAUAAACAUAAUGAACACUUCGAACGGGAUGAAACAGAAGACAAAGGAAGUAAACGCUCUAUCAAAUGGUUUACUGAGUUUCUUGAAACAAAUAAUCUUGAUGUCUCCAAAUUCUGGAAUGAUAUUUCAGAGUUAGUAGUGAAGACUCUCAUAGUUGCAGAGCCACACGUUCUUCAUGCUUAUCGCAUGUGCAGGCCAGGGCAAGCGCCAGGAAGUGACAGCGUCUGCUUUGAAGUCCUGGGAUUUGAUAUUCUGCUGGACAGAAAACUAAAACCAUGGCUUCUAGAGAUUAACCGAGCCCCAAGCUUUGGAACUGACCAAAAAAUAGACUAUGAUGUAAAAAAGGGUGUUCUGCUAAAUGCAUUAAAGCUUCUCAACAUAAGAACAAGUGAUAAAAGGAGAAAUUUAGCCCAACAGAAAGCUGAAGCUCAAAAGAGACUGUAUGGUCAAGGCUCAGUGAAAAAACUGUUGCCAGGUUCUUCAGACUGGGAAAAGCAACGCCACUCACUGGAACGGAGAAAAGAAGAACUGAAGGAAAGACUUGCACAAGUACGCAAACAGAUUUCCAAAGAAGAGCAUGAAAAUAGGCACAUGGGGAACUACAGGCGAAUUUACCCUCCUGAUGAUAAAUCAUUACUUGAAAAGUAUGAGAGUUUGUUAGCCACUGCUUUCCAGACAUUUCUUGCUGGGAGAGCUGCUUCACUUCAGCGGGAAAUGAAUAACCCAUUAAAAAGAAUGAAGGAGGAGGACAUUUUGGAUCUUCUGGAGCAGUGUGAAAUAGAUGAUGAAAAACUAAUGGGAAAAUGCACAAGACAGCGAGGACCUAAGCCUUUGUGUUCUAUGCCAGAAAUUGCACAACCCUUAAGAAAAUUUAAGAACUACAGUAGUGAUAGCAGCUGUGAUAAUGGCAGCAGUAUGUCAGGGUCAGAAGAUGAAACUGAAAAGGAAGACCACAAUGAGAAAAAAGAGAAAAAAGUAUCAUAUGAUCUUGAAGAAAAUAAGUAUAAACCUUCAGAACGAUCAGGUAGAAUGAACUGGAAACCUUCGAUUAAAAAUACAAAAUCUCCAUCACAUUCAUCCUCAUCAUCAUCUACAGGUCCAAUAAGGCGUUCAGUAAGCUGCCCUCGUUCAAUAUCAAUAUUGUCUAUGCAGUCACACGCAGCUGAGCAUCGUCCCUUCUCUGCCAAAGCACCUCUGCAAAUCCAGCGUGCAUCCUCAGUGAAUAGGUCUCGUUCUUUAAAUUGCAGCCCAUCUUCAUCCAGAGUCUGUCAGACAUCCAGCUUGGGAACUAUGAACUCUUCAGGGAGUGAGUCCUUACUGCAGCAGAAAACUAAAGAGCAAGAAGUCGCUUUGACAAAAGAGACUCUACUCAUUUUCAAUGACAUGAGAAUGAAGUUCCCAGGAAAAACAGAUGAAGAAUCAGAAUUAAUUAUAGAAGAAAUAAUGGAUAAUUGGAAGUACCAUAAAACAAAAGUGGCAUCAUAUUGGUUAGUAAAACUGGAUUCUGUAAAGCAACGAAAAGUUUUGGAUAUAGUCAAGACAAGUAUUCGUGCGGUCCUCCAGCACGUCUGGAAGGCUCCAGACAUUGAAAAUCUGCAUCUGUACCGUCUCUUUAACCGUGUAUUUAAUCGUUUACUUUGGAGCCAUGGUCAAGGUCUGUGGAACUGUUUCUGUAAUUCAGGGAACUCUUGGGAAACCAUAUUUAGUAAAAGCACAGAGGUGGUGACUCCUGAGCAACUACAGUGUUGCCAACGAAUAGUGCAGCUUUGUAAGCACUGCCUGCUAGUGGUGUACAAAUAUUCAUCAGACUCAAGAGGAUCCCUGACUGGAAUUAGUCCUAGCUGGGAUGAUACAAGGUGUUUAUUGCCAGGACCACCACAGUUCAUCAUGAAAUCAUCCUCGUCCAACCUCAGCUGCAGUUCAUCUGGAAUGCCUCACCCCAACAUUUUGUUCACACGCAGAUACAGUCACUUGUGAAGGAAAAGUUACUUUUCAUUGUAAAUAAUGGCACUCCAUUUUUAUUUUCAAAUUAAAUUUGUGAUGGAGCUAAAUACAACACUGUUAUAUAUAAUAUACCAUAUUAUGAUAACAUUUAGCUUAAAACUUACUGUAAAAGCAAAGCUUUUCUGGAAGCAUAAUAAACCUUGUUAAGUUGUUUACACACAUGAAUGUGUAGAUCUUGCUAGGUUUAUAAGUAAUUCCUUCCUACUAGAAAUGUUAUUUUUGCUGCAGAAUAUAUAAGAUGGAGCUGAUCUUGAAGAUCCUAUUACAGCGUUACAUUAUUUUCUACAUACAAUACUUUUGAGUUGAAUAUUAUUUAUUGUAAAGUAUGCUAUUUAUUGUCUCAAAUGUAAGACAAGAGCCUUUAAAGAGACAGAUGAAUAAAAAAACUGUAGUAGAACAAAUAAGACUGUAAUUAUUAUUAAAAAUAACCUUACCAUUUCUUGGAUAUGUUUAAAAUAAUCCCCAAAACUCUGUAAGCCAAACAUUUCUCCUCUGAAAUUACAGGCUCUGCUUAAAGCUGUUGCGCUUCUUAAAGGACAUGUCAUGGUAUCUUUUAGAAAAAGUGAAGAAAUUCUGUAUGCAAACAGUAAAAAUACCAGUUCAGGCAUUCACUUUCUAAUUGGAUUUUUGUAAUAAUACAGAAGCCAAUAUUUGUUGUCAGGCUUUCAUUCACAUUAACUGUGGCCUGUGCCUUUGGGAGCAAGCAGUCACCUACAACUUGUACAAGCAUGCAUAGUGAGUAUUUUUUCUGUUUUACUGCACGAGUGGUGAAACAGACAUUUUUAGGAAAUACUGCAGCUAUAAUAUAUUAUUUCAAUCUUACACUAAUUGGUUUGCUGUAGCUUUUAACAUACAAUUCAGUACAUACUGCAGAAUGUGUCAUUUAACUAGACAGUAUUUUCUAGACUUGUGGCACCUUUAAAUGUUGAAAUAUAAUUCAUUAGAAAGCUCUCAUUCAGAUUCAGCUUCCCGUGCCUGGCUGAAGAGCACUAAAAGAAACUGAGCCAGAGCAUGGAUGUAGAAUUAACAGGGCAUGUAACCUGAAAACAUCAUUCAGGUUUGCUAUGUAGACCCAUUCAUCUCAUUCAGCACUGUGCCAUAUAAGCCUUAUUCAUUAUAUAAAUAGUUAUUUAAAAUGAAUUAACCUAGAUUUUAAAAUGAAUUAAGUUUUUAAACUAAGUAAAGGACAAAGUAGUAGAUAUUUACCAAAGAUGUGCUUACUUUCCAAUAAUAAAAACUGCAAAUGUGUUUGUAAAUUACCAGUGAAUUUUAUGUAGGUUGCUCUGAAAGUAAUGCCUCCUGUUUAUUUCCGUGGAAACAGCAACAAAGACAAAGAGCAUAAUAAUGCUACUGGUAGAGCAAAUUUUCAGCUACUAAAGCUUGUUUUUCAAUGUCGUCACCACCAUUAGGUAUUCAUUUUCACUGGUGAUAAACACGAGCCUGCAUGUCGCACUCACAGAAGUCUGCAUGACUGUCCAGAACGUGGCUUGUCUUUCAUGUUGCUGUCACCACUGCUGAAACACACCACUCACUGCCUUGCUGUUCUCACAUCCACUGUUUGGCGUCCAUAAAUGCUGACCAAGUGUUGAUGAAUAUCACUGGGAACCAAUUCAAUGAUGCACCUUUGCUUCAUCUGCACUUCCAUGUCAGAUGCAAUUCUGUCAGAUAGCAAAAAAAUGUAACAGGAUACCUACUGGGAAGGUUCAGCCUCUACUGCAUCCCACCACCACUCAACUCUGAUAUCGCGGCCAACAUCAUAAAAAAGGAGGCAUUACAUUUGGUGCAGCCCUCAUAAGUAUACACUAAAAAAUAAUUUUGGGGGGAAGUUGUCCUCAGGAGCAAGUAUAUUAGAGCACUUUGACUAUCCAGAGAUUUAAGAGAUAUUUAAGAGACUUAAGAGAUUUGAGACUUGAACUUGUCUGGAACUUAAUGUUUUAAGCCUUAGCUAUAGCAUGUAUAUCAAGUUGGGAAUUUUGGUAAGACUUUUGAAGCCUGUGUUGUUGUCCCUCAGUUCUAGAAUUGCAGGCUACAACACAGCAAAAAUAUUUGUAAACAAUUAACAAACCUCUGAGAUAAGCCAGAUAUAAGUAGUCUUCUGGUCUGGUAAAGAUUUUUCAUUUUCAUGGUAAUACUAGUUUAGUAAUAUAGCAUAUUCACAAUAAUUGUAUAUCUCUUUAGAUCCAUACAGUGACUACUGAUAAAGCGUACUGUGGUUAUCUGUAACACACAAUAAAAGCUGUACAUCUCUCUUC